AAUUGGAUUUUGAAAAAAUAAGACUUAUUUUUCUUUACUAUCUCGCCAUGGCUUAUAUAGCCAUAUUACAAAUGUCAAACAAAAAAUUAGAAGAAAUACAAUUGGCUUAUUUAACUAGAAAAGAAAAUAAUGACAGCAAAACAAAUAAUAAAGAAAUAUUUUCUAACUAACACUUUUUCAAAUAUUAAAUUAAAUGGGAACGUGACAUUGUUUGCUCUUUGAGUCUGGAAAUGGAUCGUUGAAGUUAACAGUUAUAAAGAAAGAGGUAAGUGGAAAGGAAAGGUAUUGGGCGCCUGCCUUUUCGCAGUUUGGGACGCAGAGCAGCAGCCUACAGAUGAGAAGAUGAUGGAAAAAAGACAGGGAUUGUGAUUGGGUAACAAGAAUUUGAAAGGCAGUUUGUUUGUGCACGUCCUCUACUACAGCUUGUCGCGGCUCAAAUAGAAAAAGCCAACUCCUUUCCUUGACAUGUGCUCAUACGCCACCACUACACGAUGAUCCACUUUUGAAACAAAAAUCUAAAUUAAUCAAUGAUCAUGAACGCUAACAUUCUUUUACUCCCAAAACAAGGAUGGAGUUUUAUCCGAUGUUUACCGGUUUGGGCUUCGCAGUUUACCACAUCAAAUGGGAGCCAGUUAGAGGAAUCAGACGCUCUCUCUUCUUCUUCACUGAUAAUUGAAGAAAAGGACCUUCUCCGCCACAGCCUCGACCAAUCAGGAACAGGCCUUCAUGUUCUGGACCUCAUCGAUCGUGCUUCUUUGGAACCCGAUAGAACUCUCUAUCAUAUCUUGUUUAAAAAAUGUACCCUUUUCAACAAACUCAAAGAAGGCCAACUCGUCCAUGCCCACCUCCUCAAUUCCCGCUUUAAACACGACCUCGUUAUACAAAAUACCAUUCUCAACAUGUAUGCCAAGUGUGGAAAUUUGGGUGAAGCUCGUAAGGUAUUUGACCAAAUGCCUGUUAAAGAUGUCGUUACUUGGACUGCCUUGAUUACUGGCUAUUCUCAACAUGAUCGCCCUAAAGAUGCCCUUCUUUUGUUCCCUCAGAUGUUAACCCUUGGCUUUCGACCUAACCACUUCACCUUGUCCUCCUUAUUAAAGGCGUCUGGGGUCAGCCCUAGUGAUUCAAAUGGUAGGCUGCUUCAUGCAUUUUGUAUCAAGUACGGUUACAGUUGUAAUGUUUACGUGGGUAGUGCUCUUUUGGACAUGUACGCUAGGAGUGGUCACUUAGAAGAAGCCCUAUUUAUUUUUGAUGGUCUGCCUAGCAGGAAUGAGGUGUCUUGGAAUGCUUUAAUUGCAGGCUGUGCUAGGAAGGGUGACCAAGAGCUCGCUUUUUCUUUCUUCUCUAAAAUGCUGAGGGAAAAUAUUCAGCCUACUCAAUUCACCUAUUCUAUAGUUCUUAGUGCCUGUGCCAGCAUUGGUUCUCUGGAGCAAGGGAAAUGGGUUCACGCUCUUCUCAUAAAGUCAGGUGCGAAGCUGGUUGAUUUUGUUGGAAAUACUUUGCUCGGGAUGUAUGCGAAGUCAGGUAGCAUUGAGGAUGCUAGGAAAGUUUUUGAUGGGUUGGUAAAAAGAGAUGUCGUUUCUUGGAAUUCUAUGCUCGCUGGAUAUGCACAACAUGGACUUGGGAAUAUAGCUUUGCUAAUAUUUAGACAGAUGCUGAUAAUUGGAGUUGCACCUAAUGAUAUAACCUUCCUCUGUGUGCUUACUGCUUGCAGCCAUGCAGGGCUUUUGGCUGAAGGACUCCAUUAUUUCAACCUAAUGAGGAAGUACAAGGUGGAGCCGCAAAUUUCACAUUAUGUUACAGUUGUUGAUCUUCUUGGUCGAGCUGGCCAAUUUGAUCAGGCUGAGAAAUUUAUAAGAGAAAUGCCGAUUGCCCCCACUGCUGCUCUAUGGGGAGCAUUACUUGGUGCGUGUAGGAUGCAUAAGAAUAUGGAAUUAGGUGCUUAUGCUGCCAAAUGUAUGUUUGAGCUUGAUUCUCAUGAUUCAGGGACUCACAUGUUGCUUUACAAUAUCUAUGCCUCUGCUGGUAGAUGGAAUGAUGCUGCAAAAGCUAGGAAGAUGAUGAGAGAGAGCAAACUAAAGAAGGAACCUGCUUGUAGUUGGUUGGAGCUCAAAAAUGCAGUACACAUGUUUGUGGCAGAUGAUGAUGCCCACCCCCUGAGAGAAGAAAUUCGUAAGAUGUGGGAGAAAAUUAGUGAGAAGAUCAAGGAGAUCGGAUACGUCCCCGACACCAGCCACGUGCUCUUGUUUGUGGACCAGCAGGAAAGAGAGGAAAAGUUGCAGUAUCAUAGUGAGAAGCUUGCUUUAGCAUUUGCACUUCUCAAAACUCCCCCUGGAUCCACUAUCCGCAUCAAGAAGAAUAUCAGAGUUUGCGGUGAUUGCCAUUCAGCAUUCAAGUUUGUGUCAAAGCUGGAAGACAGGGAAAUUAUUGUCAGAGAUACGAAUAGGUUCCAUCAUUUUCAUGAUGGCUUGUGUUCUUGUGGUGACUACUGGUAGGGCUACUGUUUGAGGUUUAUUAAACCAGUAAACUUUGAAGGGGGGGAAUCUAAGCUGCCAAUUUGUGAUCUGACCUGUCAAGACUUGAACGUUGGCUUCUGUUUUAGGUUGAAAAUUUUAUCUUCCUUGUUAAAGGAAGAAGCUUGGGCUGAAUGAGAAUAGAAACUUUAGGAAAGGGUGCCUGAGGAAGUAAUUUGAGGAGAAAUCAUUUUUGACAAUUUACAUUCCUUCUAAUCUUACCACAAGGCACGACAAGACAAACUGCAGAGAUAAGGUGGUACUCAAAUAGGGCAGAACCUGAGAAAUUUGAUAUGGGCAUGAAACCUCAGGGCGCAUGUCAGUCAUUUUCUCUAAACGAUCAUCAAUCAACAGGGCAGCCGUAAUAUUUUUUUGAUUCAAUGAGUGUGCAUACAUGUAGCAGUUGCAAUUCAACGACAUGAACAGAAUGAUGCAGUUAGCAGCCAACAUGAAGAAAAUGUAAGAAGAUUGGAAGCAAAAGGACAAAGAAAGAAGAAGGACGGUGAGUGUAGGUUAUAUUAUAUGUGGAGACCCAAUAGUCUUGACUCUUAAAAUCUGCUCACACCUUAACGCGGAGAAAAAUGAAGAGCGAAGCCAGAAAAAGAGAGAUUGGAUGGAGAACGUGAAAAAUGCAAGAUGCCUGCCUGGUAUUAGCACUAAAAAUAGGGUUAGUAAAUCAAAGGGAAGAGAAGUAGAAGGAACGGAAAAUGAGGAAACAACCAGCCCCUUACAUUUUGGUUGAUUUUGUUGGUGGUGCUGAAAAGAAAGAGAAGAGCAGGGUAUAAAUGGCGUGACAAAAGAGUGUGUGUGUGUGGUUGAAACGGUUCAGCUUAAAAUUGCGUAGCGUGUGAGCAAAGCUUAAUCAUCAUCAUUCUUGAAAUCCAUCCAUCAUUCCCAUUUUGCCAUUUACAAUCAAAUUCCUCCAACAACAAUAAG